CUGAAACCCCUGACAUAACUGAGGAACCUACUUCAGAGAAAAAGAAAAAGAAAUCCUCCGAAAAACGAGCUGAAGCUGAAACCCCUGACAUAACUGAGGAACCUACUUCAGAAAAAAAGAAAAAGAAAGCAUCAAAAAAGCAUGCAUCGGAUGUUGACAUAUCUGAGGAAUCAAAAGAAAAAACUGAGAAAAAAAAGAAACAUAAGACCGAAACGGAAGAACGUGAAAAGAAAAAACAUAAAGAGGAAAAAACUAAAUCUUCUAGUAAAGGAAAGACUGAAAAGGAGAGCGCGGAGACCGAAUCAUCAAAGAAGAAACAAAUUGUAGAAGAGCAAAGCACAUCUACAUCUGAUGAACCAAAGAAAUCAAAAAAGAAAAAAAAAGUUGCUGAAGAACAAAGCUCGGAAGCUGGUACUACUUCUACAGAAAAACCUGAAGAACCUGUUGGUUCUCCUGAACAUUCAAAAACUAAAUCCAAGAAGCGUAAGGUUUCUGAGACGGAAGAUGUUACCAAGGAGCAAAGUGUCGAACCACCCAAACCUGAAAAGUCAAAGAAAAUAAAGGAAAAGAAAGAAAAGAAGGAUAAAGAGAAAAAAGAUUCAGGAAAGAAAGUAAAAGACACAGAGAAGAAGGAUAAGGAAAAGAAAGAUAAGAAAAAAGAGAAGAAGGCUAAGGA